AUGGGACAGAGGGAAGACAUCUUGGAGCAUGAGGAUUUGAGACAAUAUGACGACAACAAACAGCCCACCAUAAUCUACAAAUAUGCCAAGGAUCAACAUGGAGGCAAUCUGCGUCAUCUUGAUAUCCGCAUCCAAGCAUCCAAAGAAACCAACACUCAGACAAAUACAGGAGGUAAUAUUUCUUCACAGUGCUGCUUAGCGAACGAAAGUAAUGGACUCUUAAAAUUGCUCGGAACACUCUUGGAACGCAAUUCUACUCUGUCAAGCAUAGACAAUGACUCGCGACUUUUGACAAUUUCACAAUACAUCUAUGUUUUCCUAACACCGUUAAUUUUAUCUCUAGGUAUCAUUGGAAACAUACUGUCACUCAGCGUAUUUUUAUCAAAAAAGCUACGCCAUUUGUCAGCCAGUCAUUAUUUAAUAGCGCUCUCCAUUGCAGAUACCACCGCGCUCAUUUUUUACGUCUGUAUCGAUUGGUUGAAGAGAGGAUUAUCAAUGUGGCCCAAUGAUAGCUAUAUUUACUUAUUACACACGGAAGGCUUUUGCCAACUGUUUAUAUACCUUGGUUAUUCAUCACGCUUUCUCUCGGCUUGGAUUGUAGUAGCUUUUACUGUCGAACGUUACAUUGCCGUUUGCCAUCCAUUCCAACGAUACAGGUACUAUACACGUCGAUCAACUCGGCGCAUACUUUUGCUUGUAGUAAUUUCCUCUUUGAUAUUUAACCUUCAUAAACCGAUCCUAAGCGGAAUUCAUGAGGCCACCAAAGGUGGACCGAAAAUAUGCACAGUACAUCCAAAUUUCAAUAUAAUAUCAUUCGUACUGGAUAACGUUUUUGCAUUUUUUAUUACACUCGUUCCAUUCACAGUAAUUACGAUACUAAACAGUCUCAUAAUCCGAUGUCUUCUCAGAAGAAACAGAAAGAGGAACCACAACACUGUGAUUACCGAGGAAAACGUCAUUCGUUUAGAAUUUACUUUAAUUCUUCUUGUAAUAUCUUUCUUCUUUAUUGCCCUAAAUUUACCAUUUUUCGUAGUAUGGUGCAUUCAAUUCUCUAAGGCUGUAUUAAUAACCAAUGUUGAUUUUAUAAGAAUGGCAGUAGAUUUUGAAUUUCUAAAGAGUAUUUUAUUUAUCACACGAACUAUCUUUUAUAUGAAUUACUGCGUCAAUUUUUUUCUUUAUAGUUUCACUGGAGCAUAUUUCCGAAAAGAAUUAGGUGCUCUAUUCAUCUGUAAGCGUAAGUCCUUGAACAGAAGAUCUUCAAGUAUUGUACGCACAACAGCUGUAAGCUGUAGAUCGAUGCAAUCUUCCUGGGUGUAAAGAAAAGAAAAAGAAAUUUACAAUUCAAAUAAUCUGUACGUUAAAAUAUUUUGCUGUGAAUAUGGAAAUAAGACUUCUGAAAACCUUAUUACAAAAUGAUUUAUACAAAAUUGUUUUUUUAAAUGUUUCAUAAUCCAACGUUCGAUUUCAUCCAUUUUAUAAAUUUCAGAAAUCGAUGAAUGAUUGAUAUAUCAACAUCAUACAUCACAGACAGUCUAUCCUAAAUAUCUCUCAAUAAUAUAACCCUCAAACAAUAAACUACUUCCUUACUUCUAAUCUGUUUUUACUUCAGUCAAUCUCUUCAUGCAUACAAUCAUCACGUUAGACAUGCUAUAAGGGAGAAAAUACUUUUUCAGUAGAUUACAGUAUUGUAAACCAACGCCUAGUCAUGAAAGAAAUUCGCAAAUUUUCA